AUGACCAACAAUUUCAUACAAUUUCUCCUUCUGGGAGUUCUGAUCGGCUGUUGCCUCACCCACGUUAGAUCCGAUGCCUCCGAUCACCGCUUCAAGGUCGGUGACCCCGUCCCUCUCUACGCCAACAAGGUUGGCCCUUUCCAUAACCCCAGUGAAACUUAUCGCUAUUUCGAUCUGCCAUUCUGCUCCCCAGAUGCUGUAAUAAAAGAGAAGAAGGAAGCCCUUGGUGAGGUGUUGAAUGGGGAUCGUCUCGUCAGUGCUCCUUAUAAACUCAACUUCAGAGACGAGAAAGAUUCUACUGUUGUUUGUAGGAAGGAGCUGAACAAGGAAGAAGUUGCUCAGUUUCGGAGUGCUGUGGAGAAGGACUAUUACUUCCAAAUGUAUUAUGAUGACUUGCCAAUUUGGGGUUUCAUUGGUAAAGUUGACAAGGAAGGGAAAACUUACCCGAGCGAGUACAAGUAUUUCCUUUACAAACAUAUUCAGUUUGAUAUUCUUUACAACAAGGAUCGUGUCAUUGAGAUCAGUGCGCGAAUGGACCCUCAUUCUUUGGUGGACUUGACGGAGGAUAAAGAUGUUGAUGCGGAGUUCAUGUACAGUGUGAAAUGGAAGGAGACUGACACCCCUUUUGAAAAGAGGAUGGAAAAAUACUCGCUUUCUUCUUCACUGCCACAUCAUUUGGAAAUUCAUUGGUUUUCAAUCAUAAACUCAUGUGUGACAGUUCUAUUGUUGACUGGUUUUCUAGCUACGAUUCUCAUGCGGGUUCUUAAGAAUGACUUCAUGAAAUAUGCCCAAGAUGAGGAAGCUGCUGAUGACCAAGAAGAGACUGGAUGGAAGUACAUUCAUGGUGAUGUGUUUCGAUUCCCAAAACACAAGUCUUUGUUUGCUGCUGCCCUUGGUGCCGGUACCCAGUUGUUCACUCUCACGGUAUUUAUAUUUAUGCUUGCACUGGUUGGUGUAUUUUAUCCAUACAACCGAGGAGCUCUAUUUACUGCACUGGUGGUCAUAUAUGCACUCACUUCUGGGAUUGCUGGAUAUACAGCUUCCUCUUUCUACUGUCAGCUUGAAGGGUCAAACUGGGUGAGGAAUCUGUUGCUGACUGGAUGCCUCUUCUGCGGGCCACUGUUCCUGACAUUCUGCUUUCUUAAUACUGUUGCCAUUGCUUAUAGUGCAACUGCAGCAUUGCCUUUUGGCACAAUUGUGGUUAUAGUUCUCAUUUGGACAUUAGUCACAUCACCAUUACUUGUGUUAGGUGGUAUUGCUGGUAAAAACACUAAAGCAGAGUUCCAAGCCCCCUGCCGUACCACAAAGUAUCCUAGAGAGAUCCCACCGCUGCCUUGGUAUAGGAGUGCCAUUCCUCAGAUGGCAAUGGCAGGUUUUCUCCCUUUCAGUGCUAUAUAUAUCGAGCUUUACUACAUAUUUGCCAGUGUUUGGGGCCACCGGAUUUACACAAUAUACAGCAUCCUCUUUAUUGUCUUCAUUAUUCUGCUGAUUGUUACUGCUUUCAUUACUGUGGCUUUGACAUACUUCCAACUUGCUGCUGAAGAUCAUGAAUGGUGGUGGAGGUCUUUCCUUUGUGGUGGAUCUACUGGUGUGUUUAUCUAUGCAUAUUGCUUGUAUUAUUAUUAUGCACGAUCGGAUAUGUCUGGUUUUAUGCAGACCUCGUUUUUCUUUGGCUACAUGGCUUGCAUCUGCUAUGGCUUCUUCCUUAUGCUUGGGACAGUGGGUUUCCGCGCCUCAUUGUUUUUUGUUCGUCAUAUAUACAGGUCUAUCAAAUGUGAGUGAGUAGCCAGUCUCUCUGUUGCAUUAACUUAAUCAUAAAGGUCUAUGAUUUUUGUUAGAACUUAGGUUGUAGAGUGCCUCAGGUAUCAAGCUUAACCAAGUCUAUGCCUUCUUGUGGGCGUAUGUAAUUAUGUGGCAAACAGGCCCCUAUGAUUAUCCUAUAUAAUUUUAUUCACACCAUUAUAUCAUAUGUUUUGUUUAAUUACGUAGAAAGCAAGUCCUUUUUGUGUUACGGGAUUUGGGUAAACACAUUUCGAAGUUUUAACUUUUUUUGUUUUACUACAAAAUUGUCUAUUACACAACUUUAUUUUUAUUA